AUGCCUAUUAUACCAGAGGAGCUCCCUAUUGAUGUACUUUUCAAUACAGCCUUUAUUGCAGAAACCAUCCAUACUCUGACUCUCAUCACCUAUAUUGUCUUGAAAUUUGUUGGCAAUGAUCACUCAUUUUGCUUACUGCUGCUGGGCUUGUCAAGCAUCUUCCAUCCACAAUAUGAGUUAUACCAAUGGCCAUGGGAUUCUGUGCUUGGCAGCACUUAUUUGUGGCUCUUCCACACUCUCAACAGCAGCAGUCCAUCAGCUCAAGAGAUACAAUUUAUUAAAGAGAGAUAUAAAGAUCAAAAGAAUCUCACUUUUACUGAAGCAUUUUCAAAAAAUCAAGCUCUCAUGCUCUUGACUCUCUUGUUUUUCAUUUUAUUAUUUUUGUUACAAGAGUCCACAGUCAUGACUGAUCUCUCUCUUUCCUUCAAUAAGAUGUGUGGUUGCCUGAAGAAUUCCAACCAGGCCAACAAGAAUAUCCAGCUGCUUAGCCAACCAGAUACAAAGCCAGCUACUGCAGAGGCAAACAAUGUUAGCAGAUCAACUCAAGAAGAUAAGGUGAUGGUAGCAUACACCAGAUAUCUUUAUGACCAAGAAACAGACCAUUACAUAUUGAAGUUGGUCAAGAAAGAAAAAUGUAGCAUCAUUAUUCCUUGUGGCUUCUCAAACCUGAUCCCACCUAAGUCAACUCUUGCCUUUGAUAUCCACCUCAAGAAGAUUAAUAAAUUACCUGUUGUCAGCACCAAUCCACUCAUUAAUGCUUGUCAAGAUUAA